AUGCAAACCGCCUCCACGAGGACCUGCGGCGAAGUGCGCGAGCAGUACGGCAUCCACCGUGUGGAGGCGGCCUUCCAGACAAUUGACGCUAUCAACCGCAAUCCGGCCAUCCUCCCCAACAUUACGCUGGGCAUUGAGAUUCGCGACAGCUGCUGGUACUCGGCCAUCGCCCUGGAGCAGUCGAUUGAGUUUAUCCGCGAUGCGAUGGCCGCCUCAGAGGAGAAGGCCUUUGCAGCGGCCUCCAGUCCUGGAGGUGGUGGCACGCCCUGUCCGAAGGCGGUGAAGAAGGCGAAGAACAUCGUAGGCGUCGUCGGCCCCGCCUCCAGCACCAACUCCAUUCAGGUGCAGAAUCUGCUGCAACUCUUUAACAUUCCGCAGAUUGGCUACUCCGCCACCAGCAAGGACCUGAGCGAUAAAAACUUCUUCAAGUUCUUCCUCCGUGUCGUGCCCUCUGACUUUCACCAGGCGCAGGUGAUGACCAGCCUCUUUGCACACUACAACUGGACCUACGUGUCGGUCAUCUACACAGACGGAAGUUACGGCAGCGGCCUGAUGGAGAUCUUCAAGUCAAACGCCCAGGAGAUGGGCAUUUGCAUCGCCCACAUGGAAUCGAUUCCGGCGAAUGGAGAGAACGCCGUUUUUGAGGCGGUGGUCCACUCGCUGAUGAAGUACCCCAACGCCCGAGUGGUGGCCUGCUUCUGCGAGGGCAGCUCCGUCAAAGAGUUGUUGCGGGCGAAGAAGCGCCUCAAUCUCACCACCGAGUUUCUCCUUGUGGGCAGUGACGGCUGGUCUGACCGCCCUGACGUGGUGAAGGGCGUAGAGAAGGAGGCGCAGGGCAGCCUGACGGUGCGCAUCUACUCGCCCUUUGUGCGCGACUUUGACGACUACUACUUCGGCCUGACGCCGGCCAACAACCGCCGCAACCCGUGGUUCAAUGAAUUUUGGGAGCGGCAGAUGAACUGCAGCCUGCGCAAUGCCACCGGCCAGGUGAUCAACCACCCCAACAAUGUCACCUUCAGCCGACCGUGCACCGGCGAGGAACGGCUGUCGGACUUUGUCAGCCGCCGCCGACCGCGCUACAAACAGGACAACAAGAUGUCCUUUGUGAUCAAAGCCAUCUGGACGAUGGCCCACGGGCUGCACAGCAUGCAGCAGGAGAUCUGCGGGCCCCGGGUGGCCGGCCUGUGCAGUGACAUGCUGCCGGUGAAUGGGAGCGUCCUCUUGCAGCACCUGAACCGCGUCCGCUUCAACUGGGACGGCGACCUGGUGGAGUUCGACAAGCACGGCGACCCGCCGGGCCGCUACGACAUCAUGAACUUCCAGGAGCUGAAGAAGGGCGAGUUUGAGUACGUCCAGGUCGGAGAGUGGAUCAGCAGUGACCAGCACACCAGUCGACGGGCGGAGUUUCCCAACUUUUCAGUGGGGGGCGCCAAGGAGACCGCAGCUAAGCCGGGCAGUGGUGAGAAGAUGAUGAUGGGAGGGAUGAUGAACAAUGGCGGCGGGGAUGGCAAAGAUAACAAUGGCGGCGGAAAUGGUGGCGGUGGUAAAGAUCAGGAGCGGAAGGUGCAGGAGAGCCUGACUGGUUUCCGCAUCUUCAAGACGGUGCAGUGGCCGAGGAAGCCGGAUCUGGUCAUUGCCUCCAACUAUACGGGAGUUUUCAAAGUGCCCAACAAGCACACGCCCAUUCCUGUGUCGGUUUGCUCGCAGCCCUGUCCAAAGGGGACGGCAAAGAACAUUCAAUCUGACUCAGUUAAAUGCUGUUGGAUUUGCGUGCCUUGCCGCGAGAAUGAGUAUCUGACCAAAGAGGAAAAGUGCAAACCGUGCAAGAUUGGCACCUGGCCUAAUGAGGACCUAACUGGCUGCAAACCCAUUCCCGUAGAGUUCAUCCGCUGGACGGACACCGCCUCGCUGGUCUCCAUCAGCACCUCCCUGCUCGGCUUCACCAUGACCCUCUUCACGAUGGUCGUUUUCAUCCGCCACAACAACACGCCCAUCGUCAAGUCGAGCACCCGCGAGCUCUCCUACAUGAUCCUCUUUGGCAUGUUCCUCUGCCACAGUACCACCUUUGCGCUGAUAGCGAAGCCCUCGAAGAUCACCUGCUACAUCACCCGCAUCCUGCCCGGCCUCAGCUUCGCCAUCAUGUACGCCGCCCUGGUCACCAAGACGAAUCGCAUUGCGCGCAUUCUCGCCGGCAGCAAGAAGCGCAUCAUCACCAAGAAGCCCCGCUUCAUGUCGGCCACCGCCCAGGUGGUGAUCACCUGGCUGCUGAUCAGCGUCGAGGUGGGCAUCAUCGUGACGGUGCUCAUCAAGGAGCCGGUCGAUAAGAUGUUCAAGUAUCCGUCGCUCAAUAGGGUGAUGCUCACCUGCAACACUAAAGUGCUAGGCAUUUCCGCCCCACUGGGCUUUGACUUUGUCCUCAUCGGCUUCUGCACACUGUACGCCAUCAAAACGCGAAACGUUCCGGAGAAUUUCAACGAGGCCAAGUUCAUUGGCUUCACGAUGUACACGACGCUGGUCAUCUGGAUCGCCUUUGUGCCGAUCUACUACAACUCCGACGAGAACGUCAUCAGCCUCAGUCUGUGCAUCAGCUUCAGCGCCAUCGUCGCCCUCUUCCUCCUCUUCUUCCCCAAGCUGUACAUCAUGCUCUUCAAACCGGAAAAGAACAACCGCAGCUACUUCACCACGGCAAAGAACGUCCGCUGUCACAUCGGCUACAUGGCCGCGCAGUUGCCCUCCUCUUCGACGACGACGAUGGGCGGAAAGGGAGAUUCGGCCAACUAUGGUGGAAGUACCUCCAUUUCCGGUGGAGGAGGAGGUGGUGAUAUGGGCAAAGGCGUCAGUCGACACUCUUCUCACUCGACGUCGGACUUUAGCAUUGAGUCGCCGAGCGGUACCCACUACCGAAAGCUUGACAUUGCCGCCCUCAAUGCAAACAAUCAAAGCGGCGGUGGAGCUGUGUCGACCAUAUCAGGCGGAGCAAACAACAACAAUCACUCCAAAGGCAAGGGAAUGACUGGCAAAGGGGGCGACCAGCUGAAGAUGAACAAAACUCGUGGCAGCGGCGGCGGCUUUGGUCGAGUUGGCGGCAACAAAAGUGGUGGCGGCGGCUUCUUCAGCCGACUUCGCAUCAGCAAACAGGACAAAAUUGCCGCCAAUGUUCAAGAGCACAUUAGAGCC